GCUUCAUGUGAAUGAGAGAGAAGCUGUCCAGUGAAAAGUCACCACAGUAACAUAGUGCUCUUCCUCACUUUGACACCAUAAGCCCUCAGACGCCACAAUGGAUUCCUGCUUUCGCGCACUUUGCAUGACUUUUCUCCUCGCAUCGUUCACUCGAAGGUCAGGUGCAAUCGGACCGGUUAUAAAAUGCGAGCCAUGUGACGCCGGAGCGAGGCUUUUGUGCAAACCUUUGCCCAAGGACUGUGCAGAGAAGGUCCGCGAACCGGGCUGCGGCUGCUGCAUGACCUGCGCGCUGAGUUUCGGCCAGCCGUGCGGCGUGUACACCGGGAGAUGUGGCUUCGGACUCACAUGUCAGCAUCAGCCCGGGGACACGAAACCUCUGCUGGCUCUGCUGGAGGGACGAGGGAUUUGUGCAAAUGCUACUAAUAAACGACUUAUCGUCAGACCAACACCUCCAGUUAAUGAACUUCCAGCAGAUAAUACUGAGACUCAGGAUGAGGAGAGGAAUUUCACCGGUUUAAUCCCUCAAACAUUGUACAGCACCCAAAGACCAAUGGGACCACUGAGGCAUCCGCUUCACCCCUUUUUCCCCUCUGCCAAGUCAGAAGUCCUUCGCAGGGAACAGCAGAAGAGAGCCCAGAGCUUUAAGAUGGAGGAGCUCCCAGGUCCACUCAUCACAGACCAACUAAACUUCUCACUGGAAACAAAACAGGAGCCUGAGUAUGGACCCUGUCGGAGGGAGAUUGAGAGCAUCCUCAGCAGCCUCAAGAUUACAGACAUCCUCAACCCCAGAGGUUUCCGGAUACCAAACUGUGACAAGAAGGGUUUCUAUAAGAAAAAGCAGUGCCGUCCAUCCAAAGGCAGAAAGCGAGGCUUCUGCUGGUGUGUGGACAAAUACGGGCAGCCUUUGCCAGGUUUUGAUGGGAAGGAGCGAGGAGACGCCCAGUACUACAACUCCGACAGCCAAUAGGAGCGGAGCAGGACGGAGGGAGGGAGGGUGGGAGUGUGAGCACGAAGAUUUGUAAACAAAAACAAAUGGAGACACUGAGGAUAUUGGAAGAGAGGUCCAGAGAUGGCUCAACCGAUACAUGGAUGUUUGCUAUUUCCAUCUGUUACCUGUGGGACCUUUUUCUGAGGCAAAGCAGGGAGAACAGAGGAAGACUACCAGGAGGAAGAAGCCUUCAUGUCACAGAUACAGUCUGCCAUGGAUGGAGUCUUCAUAAGCUGUUUGUAUGACCAAAUCGAGACCACAUCUGAGUAUUCAGUUGUGUUAUUCUGAAUAAAAGACAUUUGUGCUUGUCACAAACUUUGAUGAGAACGCUCUUCAUUUACGCACAAUUAAAUGGCAUUGCACAUGUGUACAUCAUAAUAUGUAUGCUUGGUAUGACAAACAUGAAAUGUAUGUAAGUUUAAUAUAUGUAGUUCAGAGUAAGCAUGCAGUGCCUUACUAUGAAUUCCUAUCACUAUGAAUUCCUAUUGUCCAGUUGCUUCCUGCUCCUGAGGGAGUUGGACAAGGCAGUGCAGCUACAGUGUGUAUUAAGUUUUUUUUUUUUAUGCUGGAUCUCAAGCCGUGGAAAAGAGAGAUUUUCUUUGAUCUGUACUGUGGUUGUAACUGUUUUGUUGUCAAUUUCAAAUUUGCAUAAGCUGAUUCUUCGGGAUAAAGGCCACGAACCGUUAUCUCGCAUCUCAUGUUAGCCAGUGAUCAUUUUCAUCACUUGCCCAUGUUGAAGUAAUUAUACUGUUUGCAUGUACAAUGCAACCCUCAGAGGUCUAUUUUUCCUUAAUAAAGGCAGCAUUAAUUUA